UCUUGAUAGCCGUUGCUAUAGACGCUGUUGGUAACCGCUGCUCAGCGCAAUGAGUGACACAGACGUAAUUGUCGGAUGCCGAAUAGAAUAUUAGUUUAACUAACAGCAUAUUCUUCUAAAAUGGAAUACAUAGGUAGCAGUUAUGAAGGGGAGCACAAGAACAACAGGAUGGAAGGAAGAGGCACCUAUACUUUCCCAACUGAAACAAGGUAUGAAGGUGAAAUGAAGGAUGGAAUGUUUCAUGGCAAAGGAACAGUGCAUUUUUCAAAUGGAAGCAAGUUUGAAGCAGUUUGGGACCAUGGACUAGCAAAAGAGGGUAAGCUGACCUUUGCAGAUGGCCUUGAAUAUAAAGAAGAAGACUGGGAAUAUUGUGAUGGUUAUGACAGGAGAUUUUACACUGAAAUGUGCCAUGGGCUUAAACCAGCAGGUCGUUCUCAACUGACAGAUCUAGAUCCUCCAAGAAAAAUACCACAAGGCUACUAUGAUUGUGGAGAUGGAUUCUAUGACCCUAAAACCAGAAUUGUCAGUGAUUAUAACCAUAAAUUUCUUAGGAAUGCUGAUGAUGAUGAACAUGAAUGGAUAGUUCGGACUUGUCGAAAGGGCUGGGAUCAGAUCACAGGUUACCAACCCAGAAAGUAAUUGUACUGUCAGCUCUACUCCUUUUUUUCUUUCUUCUGUGAAUUCAUUCAUAAGACUUCAUGCUAAGCUUGCCUGUAACAAUGCUGGAGGCUUACUUACUGCCUUCCCUUUCAUAGUCCACUAUGAGCAGCGGUACUUUGAUGAGCAAAACGCUCUGAAUGUUCAACAGUUACUUCCCUAUGUCAGCAGCUUAAGAAAAAAGCAAAACUAUAGAGCAUUACAAAUAAACCACUCUCUUGGUUCUCUA